GGCUUUUUACCGGUUGCAUAAAAAAUCCAACGUACAGUUCGUUAUUGCCCGCCAUAAAAAAUACGCGGUGCAAUGAACUGGUUGUCGGAAUGGAUAUUCUGGAAAAGAUUGUAGAAUGGACCAAUACGCCUGCUUUUGCAAAGUACCGCCAGAAAACAGUCUCCGCCUCCACCGCCAAUGCGCAUCCGGAAACCCUAUCUUGGUGCAUUAUCGACACCACGUCCAAUACCCAAGCAGCUUUUGUUCAUGAAAACCGUACUACGACUGCCUCUGAUGACUCAGCCAUGUCUGUACGUAUCAGAUCUGGCGAUACCAUAAAAAAUUGUGUUGAUAUAAAGUCAGAUGAGUUAGAAUUUGUGAAGCAGUGUCAGGAACACUUUUCUGUCAUUAAGAACCAGUUGCUGUGACCUUUCUGCUUGCAAAAAUGCCUCGCAUAGCUGCUGACGCUGCUGAUUCAGUUGAUUCUAAUAAUAAUGAUAACGAUACUAAUGCUGUUGAUGAUGACGAUGUUACCGAAGACCCGCUUCAUAUAAAGAACUUUUUCGUGUUGAAACCGAUAAACGAUUUUUACAAUCGCCGUUAUCAGAUGACGUGUAAAAGAUUUGCGUGCAAAGUUCAUCGCCUCAGUCAUAUUCCUUUUGCUGAGAUUCCCGAUGUCAUAACAGCCAUUUUGAACGAAAUUUUAAAUGAAAUCCUUACUGACAUCCCAGAUCACGAGCGGGUAAGAAUCAAGUUGCAUAGCCGUCACCUCUCGUACCCUAUUCACACACCUUUCAUUCGUCGUGAUCAGCUAACCGUUGCGCGAUUGAUGAAAGAAGUUUCCCGCGUACUCAAUUCCAAUCAAGAAUUUGUACUGGAUGAUUCUUUUGAGCUGGAAAUCCACCAUUCCAACCUUCCCGCUGGAUCCUGUCGAUACGAUGUUCCUUUAUUAUUGCGCAAAAAGCUGGAGACCAUGAGGAGCGUAAUACCUGUUCGUAAUUCAGAUAACCUCUGUUUGGCUCGUGCGCUUGUUAUAGCUAAGGCCCUCGCAGAUGACAAUAUACCGCUGUACGAACGCUUGUAUCACACUAAAAAACUCUGUACGGCUUCCGACAGAACGCUGCAGACAAAAAUGGCUAAAGAACUCAUUGCUAACGCAGGACUGGAUCUUCGACAAUAUACUUUGGAAGACGUUCAACAGUUUCAACUGGCCUUACCGGACUACCAAAUCCUGAUAACGAGUGUCGACCACCUCAAUACGAUCGUCUAUGCCGGCGAAUAUGCCGAAAAAAAGAUUCGUUUGCUACAUCAUAGUAACCAUUUUGAUGUCUUGAAAAGCCUGCCGGCUUGGUUCAAAACAUCGUACUGGUGCGACCGUUGCAAUCGCGGAUACGAUCAUAAAAAUCGCCAUCGAUGCCAAUACCGUUGCAAACAAUGCCUGCGAUUUGAAUGUAAUCCUGGAGAAGAAAGAAUAUACUGUUCGGACUGCUGCCGAACAUUUUACGGUGAGGAGUGUUUCAAUCAUCAUCGCGCUGCUGGCUCGGGAGAAAACGGGAUUACGGUAUGUCAAACGUUAUUUGUCUGUCCAUCUUGCCAAUCAUUUGUCUCCAGAGUUUUUCGUACCACGGACCACGUGUGCGGUGAGAUUUUUUGCACGGUGUGCAAAGAACACGUAUCAAAUGACCACGUCUGCUACAUUGAGCCCGAAGUCCUGACGGACCAGGAUCUCGAAAAGCACGAACAGGCCCAGUUUCUCUAUUUCGAUUUUGAGACAUACCCGUGUCCGGAAACGGGCAAUUUUAUUCCGAACCUGGCCGUUCUUCAAAACGACAACGGCCAGGAAUGGAUUUUUCCUGCUGACUCGUGCGAUAUUGGCCGGGAUAUAACAACAGAAUUUUGCGAGUUUUUAUUUUCCGGAUUAUUUAAAAACUUCUACGUCUUGGCCCAUAAUCUUCGAGCGUUCGACGGUUUUUUUGUUCUGAAAUGGUUACUAAGAAAUGGGAUAGUUCCAAAGCUGAUAAUGAACGGCUCAAAAAUUAUGCAACUAGAUGUUCCUGAAUUUGGCAUAAAAUUUCGUGAUACUUUGAAUUACAAUCCCCAAUCGUUAGACGCUUGGGCUCAAGCGUUCGGAGCGACAGAGCAAAAAGGUAAAUUCCCUCAUCCCGUCAAUCGCCCAGAAAAUUUUGGCAAAAUUAUCCCCUAUCCUAAGAGGGAGGAAUUCAAUUACAGCUUGAUGAAUAACAAAGAAAGAAAAGACUUUAUCAAAGGAUUUUAUCGAAAAGAUCGCAGAAAAAAGAAAGGAAAGUACAAUGUCAACGAGGAGCUCGUCAAAUACUGCAAGCAAGAUGUUAGCACCUUACGCGUUUGCUCUCAAGAAUUCCGAAAGUUGUUCAUGGGUAUUUCAGGUGGGCUUUGCCCAUUUACUUCAGCGCUAACAAUUGCGGGUAUAUGCCAUUUUUUCUGGCGCGCACGGAUACUGGAAAAAAACCUUAUUGCAAUUGUGAAAAACCCUAGUCAGCGCACGCAGUCAGUCAAAUGUGGUAAAUGGUUGUGCUACAUUGAAAUGACGGAAGGCAAAGCACUUGCAAGAGAACAGAAGAUUGGAAAAUAUUACGUGGACGGUUAUGACGAAGAAGCGGAAAUUAUUUACGAAUUCUAUGGCGACUACUGGCACGGCAAUCCCGCAACCACAAGACGCACAUUUGUAAAUCCUCAUCUCAAGCAAACGAUGGAGAAUUUGCAUGCGGCAACCGUCCAGCGAGAAAUCGCCCUUGAGCAAAUGGGAUACUCUGUUAUUAAAAUUUGGGAAAGCGAGUACGACCAGAAAUUGGCAGAGGAUGAGGAUUUUCGUGAAACACUAAAAGAUAUUCAUGUUCACGCACCUCUUCAACCCCGCGAUGCUCUAUAUGGAGGCCGGACCAACGGGACACGGUUGCAUUAUAAAUGCGAGCCCGGAGAACAAAUACGGUUUGCCGAUGUCAUUUCGGAAUAUCCCUUUGUAAAUUCGCGGAAGAGAUAUCCAGUUGGCCCACACGUGCGAAUUACUGCGGACUUUGAUGCAAAUUUGGAAAAUUACUUCGGACUAUUUUACCUGACGAUUCUACCGCCCAAAUGUCUAUGCUGUCAUCACACAGACGCCGAAAGAUCACUUACGGGCGUCUGGUGCUCUGUGGAAAUCAUUAAGGCACUAUCCCUGGGAUAUACGGUGAUAAAAGUCUACGAAAUUUGGCAUUUUCCGAGUUCUCGCGAAGGCUUAUUUAAAGAGUACAUCCAGCAUUUCUUGAAAUUAAAAACGGAGGCCAGCGGCUGGCCCUCUAAUGUUAAAACCGAAGAAGAGAGAAAGCUGUAUAUGGAAGAAUUUUUACUUCGAGAAGGUGUAUCUAUUGACGCCGAGAAAGUGGAAAAAAACUUGGGGCUUCGCGCCCUUGCAAAGUUAUUUUUAAACAAUUUUUGGGGUCGACUCGGGAUGCGCGAGGACAGAUUGUCUACACAGUUUAUUUCCGAGCCCAAAGAUUUUUAUGAACUUUUAUUAAAUGAUGCGUUGGAAAUUCACAAUAUCGAAUUCUUCAGUGACACCGUAAUUCAAGUUGCUUACAAGUCCAAGGAAGACUUUAUUCCAGUUAACCCAAAGACUAAUGUUAUCCUUGCGGCGUUCACGACUGCCCAUGCCCGCCUUCACUUAUACAAUUAUAUGGCCCAAGUUGGACGUAACCUGAUAUAUUUUGAUACUGAUUCCUUAAUGUGGAUUCAUCGGCAAGGAGAUCCGGAAGUUCCAUUGGGAAACUACAUGGGGGGACUUGACAAACGAAUUAAAUGA